AUGGGUGAGGACGUAGCCUUAGAGCUGACACUGGAGCUGGGUGAGGAUGUAGCCUUAGAGCUUACACUGGGUGAGGAUGUAGCCUUAGAGCUUACACUGGGUGAGGAUGUAGCCUUAGAGCUUACACUGGGUGAGGAUGUAGCCUUAGAGCUGACACUGGGUGAGGAUGUAGCCUUAGAGCUUACACUGGGUGAGGAUGUAGCCUUAGAGCUGACACUGGGUGAGGAUGUAGCCUUAGAGCUGACACUGGCCUUAGAGCUUACACUGGGUGAGGAUGUAGCCUUAGAGCUGACACUGGGUGAGGAUGUAGCCUUAGAGCUUACACCGGGUGAGGAUGUAGCCUUAGAGCUGACACUGGGUGAGGAUGUAGCCUUAGAGCUGACACUGGGUGAGGAUGUAGCCUUAGAGCUUACACUGGGUGAGGAUGUAGCCUUAGAGCUUACACUGGAGCUGACACUGGGUGAGGAUGUAGCCUUAGAGCUUACACUGGGUGAGGAUGUAGCCUUAGAGCUUACACUGGGUGAGGAUGUAGCCUUAGAGCUGACACUGGGUGAGGACGUAGCCUUAGAGCUUACACUGGGUGAGGACGUAGCCUUAGAGCUGACACUGGGUGAGAAUGUAGCCUUAGAGCUUACACUGGGUGAGAAUGUAGCCUUAGAGCUUACACUGGGUGAGAAUGUAGCCUUAGAGCUUACACUGGGUGAGAAUGUAGCCUUAGAGCUUACACUGGGUGAGGAUGUAGCCUUAGAGCUUACACUGGGUGAGGAUGUAGCCUUAGAGCUUACACUGGGUGAGAAUGUAGCCUUAGAGCUUACACUGGGUGAGAAUGUAGCCUUAGAGCUUACACUGGGUGAGAAUGUAGCCUUAGAGCUUACACUGGGUGAGGAUGUAGCCUUAGAGCUGACACAGGGUGAGGAUGUAGCCUUAGAGCUUACACUGGGUGAGGAUGUAGCCUUAGAGCUUACACUGGGUGAGGAUGUAGCCUUAGAGCUGACACUGGGUGAGGAUGUAGCCUUAGAGCUUACACUGGGUGAGGAUGUAGCCUUAGAGCUUACACUGGGUGAGGAUGUAGCCUUAGAGCUUACACUGGGUGAGGAUGUAGCCUUAGAGCUGACACUGGGUGAGGAUGUAGCCUUAGAGCUUACACUGGGUGAGGACGUAGCCUUAGAGCUGACACUGGGUGAGGAUGUAGCCUUAGAGCUGACACUGGGUGAGGAUGUAGCCUUAGAGCUGACACUGGGUGAGGAUGUAGCCUUAGAGCUUACACUGGGUGAGGAUGUAGCCUUAGAGCUUACACUGGGUGAGGAUGUAGCCUUAGAGCUUACACUGGGUGAGGAUGUAGCCUUAGAGCUUACACUGGGUGAGGAUGUAGCCUUAGAGCUUACACUGGGUGAGGAUGUAGCCUUAGAGCUGACACUGGGUGAGGAUGUAGCCUUAGAGCUGACACUGGGUGAGGAUGUAGCCUUAGAGCUUACACUGGGUGAGGAUGUAGCCUUAGAGCUGACACUGGGUGAGGAUGUAGCCUUAGAGCUUACACUGGGUGAGGAUGUAGCCUUAGAGCUGACACUGGGUGAGGAUGUAGCCUUAGAGCUUACACUGGGUGAAGAUGUAGCCUUAGAGCUGACACUGGGUGAGGAUGUAGCCUUAGAGCUGACACUGGCCUUAGAGCUUACACUGGGUGAGGAUGUAGCCUUAGAGCUUACACUGGGUGAGGAUGUAGCCUUAGAGCUUACACUGGGUGAGGAUGUAGCCUUAGAGCUUACACUGGGUGAGAAUGUAGCCUUAGAGCUUACACUGGGUGAGAAUGUAGCCUUAGAGCUUACACUGGGUGAGAAUGUAGCCUUAGAGCUUACACUGGGUGAGGAUGUAGCCUUAGAGCUGACACAGGGUGAGGAUGUAGCCUUAGAGCUUACACUGGGUGAGGAUGUAGCCUUAGAGCUUACACUGGGUGAGGAUGUAGCCUUAGAGCUGACACUGGGUGAGGAUGUAGCCUUAGAGCUUACACUGGGUGAGGAUGUAGCCUUAGAGCUUACACUGGGUGAGGAUGUAGCCUUAGAGCUUACACUGGGUGAGGAUGUAGCCUUAGAGCUGACACUGGGUGAGGAUGUAGCCUUAGAGCUGACACUGGGUGAGGAUGUAGCCUUAGAGCUGACACUGGGUGAGGAUGUAGCCUUAGAGCUUACACUGGGUGAGGAUGUAGCCUUAGAGCUGAUACUGGGUGAGGAUGUAGCCUUAGAGCUUACACUGGGUGAGGAUGUAGCCUUAGAGCUUACACUGGGUGAGGAUGUAGCCUUAGAGCUUACACUGGGUGAGGAUGUAGCCUUAGAGCUUACACUGGGUGAGGAUGUAGCCUUAGAGCUGACACUGGGUGAGGAUGUAGCCUUAGAGCUGACACUGGGUGAGGAUGUAGCCUUAGAGCUGACACUGGGUGAGGAUGUAGCCUUAGAGCUUACACUGGGUGAGGAUGUAGCCUUAGAGCUGACACUGGGUGAGGAUGUAGCCUUAGAGCUUACACUGGGUGAAGAUGUAGCCUUAGAGCUGACACUGGGUGAGGAUGUAGCCUUAGAGCUGACACUGGCCUCAGAGCUUACACUGGGUGAGGAUGUAGCCUUAGAGCUGACACUGGGUGAGGAUGUAGCCUUAGAGCUUACACUGGGUGAGGAUGUAGCCUUAGAGCUGACACUGGGUGAGGAUGUAGCCUUAGAGCUGACACUGGGUGAGGAUGUAGCCUUAGAGCUUACACUGGGUGAGGAUGUAGCCUUAGAGCUUACACUGGGUGAGGAUGUAGCCUUAGAGCUGACACUGGGUGAGGAUGUAGCCUUAGAGCUUACACUGGGUGAGGACGUAGCCUUAGAGCUGACACUGGGUGAGGAUGUAGCCUUAGAGCUUACACUGGGUGAGGAUGUAGCCUUAGAGCUUACACUGGGUGAGGAUGUAGCCUUAGAGCUGACACUGGGUGAGGAUGUAGCCUUAGAGCUUACACUGGGUGAGGAUGUAGCCUUAGAGCUUACACUGGGUGAGGAUGUAGCCUUAGAGCUGACACUGGGUGAGGACGUAGCCUUAGAGCUUACACUGGGUGAGGACGUAGCCUUAGAGCUUACACUGGGUGAGGAUGUAGCCUUAGAGCUUACACUGGGUGAGGAUGUAGCCUUAGAGCUGACACUGGGUGAGGAUGUAGCCUUAGAGCUGACACUGGGUGAGGAUGUAGCCUUAGAGCUGACACUGGGUGAGGAUGUAGCCUUAGAGCUUACACUGGGUGAGGAUGUAGCCUUAGAGCUUACACUGGGUGAGGAUGUAGCCUUAGAGCUUACACUGGGUGAGGAUGUAGCCUUAGAGCUUACACUGGGUGAGGAUGUAGCCUUAGAGCUUACACUGGGUGAGGAUGUAGCCUUAGAGCUUACACUGGGUGAGGAUGUAGCCUUAGAGCUGACACUGGGUGAAGAUGUAGCCUUAGAGCUUACACUGGGUGAGGAUGUAGCCUUAGAGCUUACACUGGGUGAGGAUGUAGCCUUAGAGCUGACACUGGGUGAGGAUGUAGCCUUAGAGCUGACACUGGGUGAGGAUGUAGCCUUAGAGCUGACACUGGGUGAGGAUGUAGCCUUAGAGCUUACACUGGGUGAGGAUGUAGCCUUAGAGCUGACACUGGGUGAGGAUGUAGCCUUAGAGCUGACACUGGGUGAGGAUGUAGCCUUAGAGCUUAAACUGGGUGAGGAUGUAGCCUUAGAGCUGACACUGGGGGAGGAUGUAGCCUUAGAGCUGACACUGGGUGAAGAUAUAGCCUUAGAGCUUACACUGGGUGAGGAUGUAGCCUUAGAGCUGACACUGGGUGAGGAUGUAGCCUUAGAGCUGACACUGGGUGAGGAUGUAGCCAUAGAGCUUACAUCGGGUGAGGAUGUAGCCUUAGAGCUUACACUGGGUGAGGAUGUAGCAUAA